AUGAGUAGUUGGAAUCCAUUUACUCGAAAUACAAAUUCACGUAAAAGUAUCGGUGUAAUUACAACUCGAGAUUUUGAUCGUGAAACUCGUCGUUUAGAAUCUCUUGAAGAUAAUGCUAAAUCAUUAACACGUGAUCUUAUUAAACAAGAUAAAUCAUUUGAUGAUUUUUCUCGUGGUCAAUUAAAACUUUUACAUGAUUUAUCAGGUAGUGCAUUUAUAAAUCAUUAUGAUCAACAACAAACAUCAACAACAUUAUCAACAAAUAUUUCACAAUUAAUUAAUGAUUGGAAAAUAACUGCACAACAUAUAUCAGAACAAACAAAUUUAUUAAAUGAAAUAACAUCAAAAACAAUAAUUGAUUCAUCAAAACGUUUAACAUUAGCAUUAGCUAAUGUAACAAAUGCUAUAAAAAAACGUGAACAAAGUUUAAAUGAUUAUAUUAAAAUUCAAAAUAAAUUAGAUAAAAUAAAUGAAAAAUUUGGUACAUCAACAACAUCAUUAACAGUAAUGACAAAUACAGCAAAUAAUAAUAAAUUAGAACAAAUAAAAAAACAAUUAAAUGAUACUAAACAACAAUAUGAAUUAAAAAAUCAAAUUUUAAAUAAUGAAUUACCUAUUUUACAUGAACAACGUGCUGCUUUUGUUUAUCCAUGUUUAGAAGCAUUUAUUGAAGCUCAAGCUCAUUAUUGUGAUCAACUUGAAGCUGCUUAUCGAAAUCUUAUUGGUCAAAUGGAUGUUGUUACAAAUAGUACGGCAACAUUAGAUGAAAUCAAUGCUAAACUUGCUAAUAUUAAAUCUCUUUCUAUUGUUGCAUCGGAAUAA